AUGGAUUCUAUCAUUGACUGGUCCCUACGUCCAGUCUACUCGCCGGAGCAAUUGAAGCAGUACUUUAACCGGAUUGAUCUACCUCAAAAGUAUCGGGAGUCACCGGUGGUCAAGUUUGGUGCAAGGGUCGACAAUGAGGCCGCCCUAGCCUUUUUGAAAGUUUUGCAACGAUACCAGGUGGCAGCAGUGCCUUUUGAAAAUCUCAAUCUGCAUUAUGCAGUCCACCGCUACAUUUCCAUUGACGCCCAGAAACUAUUUGACAAGAUAGUAGACUCCAAAUCCGAUCGAGGGGGUUACUGUAUGGAGAAUAGUACUCUUUUUGGGACCGUCCUGAGGACUAUUGGAUACAAUGUCACCUCGGUCGGAGGUCGGGUAAAUGAGGCGGUCCAGCCCAUAUCAGCUUCAAAGAACUGGAAAGGCCCAAAGUACGAUGGAUGGAACCACAUGGUCAAUAUCGUUGCUAUCGGCGAACAAAAGUACCUGAUAGAUGUGGGGUUUGGCUCGAAUGGGCCACAUCAGCCACUUCCAUUGAUCGACGGGUUUGAGGCGCACAAUGUCGGCGACCAGUCUGCACGGCUCAUCUAUGGCCCUAUCGCCCAGCACACGAGGGCUGGCCAAUUCCUCUGGCAGUACGAGAUCUCCAAUGCAGGCGGGGCGUGGAUUCCUGCCUAUUGCUUCACUGAAACUGAAUUCCUUCCGGAAGACUUUACGAUCAUCAAUUACUAUAUGAGCACUAGUCCGGAGAGCUGGUUUCUUUUCCACGUGAUGUGUGUACGGAUGAUUCUGGAUAAUGAAGGUGAAAAGGUCAUUGGUGAUCUAACACUAUUCGACAAUACACUGAAGCGCCGCUUGGGGGCCACGUCAGAGGUCCUGCAAUCCUUCGCCUCCGAGGGGGAGCGUGUGGCUGUUCUGGAGAAAUAUUUUCACAUUCCAAUUCCAAAGGAAGAUCAGGAAAGUAUCUGCCAAACGACCUCGGAAAUUCCAUAA